AGAAUAACAAAUAGUGCUUGGAGUUAAAAGUAGGUGGCAGACAAAGAGUCAAAUUUCAAAUUUAUCUUGUGUAAAGAAAAAUCCACUGACAGGGAGAAAAGAUCAUCAAAUUGGCAGCAUUCAAUUUAGUGGCAUGCAAAAUUAUAAAAUAAUUUAGAGCCAAAAUGGUCAAAAUACCUGCUAUUGGCAUCGAUUUGGGGACAACCUAUUCCUGUGUGGGCGUGUGGCAGAACAACAAGGUGGAGGUCAUUGCCAAUGACCAGGGAAAUCGGACCACGCCCUCCUAUGUGGCGUUCAACGAUACGGAGCGCCUUAUUGGCGAUGCGGCCAAGAAUCAAGUCGCCAUGAAUGCCAAGAAUACGGUGUUUGAUGCCAAGCGCCUGAUUGGUCGCAAAUUCGACGACCCAAAGAUCCAAGAGGACUUGAAGCACUGGCCCUUCAAGGUGAUCAACGACAAGGGCAAGCCCAAAAUCGAGGUGGAAUACAAGGGGGAACGCAAACGCUUUGCUCCGGAGGAGAUUAGUUCGAUGGUUCUGACCAAGAUGCGCGAGAUCGCCGAAAUGUAUUUGGGCGGAAAGGUAAAGGACGCCGUGAUCACGGUGCCGGCUUACUUUAACGAUAGCCAACGGCAGGCUACCAAGGAUGCGGGCUCCAUUGCGGGUCUUAAUGUGCUAAGGAUCAUCAACGAACCCACGGCUGCUGCCUUGGCCUACGGACUCGAUAAGAACCUCAAGGGAGAGCGCAACGUACUCAUAUUCGACUUGGGUGGUGGCACAUUCGAUGUGUCCGUUCUGACCAUCGAUGAAGGCUCCCUGUUUGAGGUGAAGGCCACGGCUGGAGAUACCCACUUGGGGGGCGAGGACUUCGACAACCGGAUGGUCAACCACUUUGCGGCGGAGUUUAAGCGCAAGCAUAACGCAGAUAUCAAGGGCAAUGCCAGGGCAUUGAGGCGUCUGCGGACAGCCUGUGAAAGGGCUAAGAGGACCUUGUCAUCCAGCACAGAGGCAUCCCUGGAGAUUGAUGCUCUACACGAUGGCACCGAUUUUUAUUCAAAGAUCUCGCGUGCCCGCUUCGAGGAGCUUAACAUGGAUCUCUUCAGGUCCACUAUGCAGCCGGUGGAGCGAGCCUUGAGCGAUGCCAAAAUGAACAAGAAGGCCAUCCACGAUGUAGUGCUAGUGGGAGGCUCCACGCGAAUCCCGAAGAUACAGAAACUCUUGCAGGAUUUCUUUAAUGGCAAAACCCUAAAUCUUUCCAUUAACCCCGAUGAAGCGGUGGCCUACGGAGCGGCGGUGCAGUCUGCUAUUCUCUCGGGCGUGGGUAGCUCUAAGAUCCAGGAUCUGCUUUUGGUGGACGUGACUCCCUUAUCGCUGGGGAUCGAAACUGCCGGCGGUGUGAUGACCAAUUUGGUGGCCCGCAACGCUAGGAUUCCCUGCAAGCAUCAGCAGAUCUUUACCACAUAUAGUGAUAAUCAAGACACGGUGACCAUUCAGGUUUACGAGGGCGAGCGAGCGAUGACGAAUGAUAACAAUCUCCUGGGCACCUUUAAUCUCUCGGGGAUUCCCCCGUCCCCCAGGGGAGUGCCGCAGAUCGAAGUCGCUUUUGACCUGAACACUGAUGGCAUCCUGCAUGUAACUGCCAAGGAUAAUAGCACCGGGAAGUCCGAGAAGAUCACAAUCACUAAUGACAAGGGAAGGCUAUCCAAGGCGGAGAUAGACCGCAUGCUAUCCGAUGCUGAGAAGUACAAGGUGGAGGACGAUCGUCACCGGGAAAGAGUUCAGGCCAGGAACAACCUCGAAGGAUAUAUUUACGCCUGUCGCCAGACCGUCGACGAGGCACCAGCCGGAGUCCUUACCGAGGCCGAGCGCUCGAAGGUGCGCGAAAAAUGUGCCUCCGAAUCAUCGUGGCUGGAUAAGAACUCUCAGGCAAAGAAGGAGGUGUAUGAUCAGCAUCUGAAGGAGUGCCAGCACGUGUGUAGUCCCAUAAUGACGAAAAUCCAUGGCGGCGCAGGACAGAAGCCCAAGAAAUCAGGUAGUGGCGUAAGAUCACGUCCCACUGCGAAUAAGGUGAAGUAGUAUCUAGUCACUAUUCUAAAUUGUUUAGUUUAGUUGUAUGUUAAGUAUAUAUUUUCGGUAAGAAAAUACAAGUAUGAUUUUAAAACUUG